GGGCGCGGGGAGGCCCGAGGGAGGGGAACCGGGACCGGGGCCGGGGCGGGUGUACGGGGAGCCCCUGGGGAUCCUUGCGGGGAAUGGAGCUGGGCAAGGAGGGAGCCGGGGCCUGGGGUGCGGCCGGGGGCUGGGGCUGAAGCUGAAGCCCCGGCCUUGCCCUCGGGGUUGCCCCUUUAUGCCCGGGCCUUGGGGCCUAUGAGGUCCUGGGCCCGCGGUCGGGCCUGGACUCUGGCCUGAGCUCUUCCCGCGGUGCCAGCCCGGCGGUUUCCAUCGAGAGCCUUUUGUUGAUGCGGGUUGUGGAGCCCGAGGCGUCGCCAAGGUGUCCGGUGCAGCCCAAGGGGGGCGAACCCGGCCCUGCUCCGCGGGUGUCCCGUGUCGGUCCGGGCGCAGCGGCGGCUCCUGCCCGGGGCUGUGGCGGGAGGGGCUGCGCAGCGCUGACGUGGGGCCGGCGCUGCCGCCCGAGCUGGGGAGGGCGCUGGGCUCCCCGUGUCCGUGGAGGCGGCGCGGCCGCUGCUGGACGGCUUCUCGCAGGGGGACGGAUCCCCGGGAGCUGCCCGAGGCGGGCGCUGGGCGAGCUGAACCUCGGCCCUCGGCAGGACGGGCUGUUCUGGGCUCCCAGGAGCUGCUCAGCUGCAGCCGUGUGGGGAGCGAGGCCUUUCUCCCCUGUGUUCGCCGCCUGCUGGGCUCCAGGAGACAGUCCUGGCCCGCAAACGGGGCAGCAGGACCUGGCGUGUGAGGUCGGGGCAGCGAGGAGAUGCUGCCGGUGUCAGGCGCUGCAAAGAGCUCACCUGGAGCCGCUCCAGGACUCGUGGGAACAAGGAGAAAGGCGUUCUGCCCCAAUUUAAAAUAGUCACGACUCUGUGUGCUGGUGUUUGCAGGAGAAAGCCAGAAGCGGCGCGUGUGGUUUGCUGGGUGCGCUCCCCAUCACCCCCCGCCCUUCCUGGCCCCUCCGCUCCGCCAUGAAGAGCACCCGCAGCGGCUCCUCCUGCCCGGGCGCCGGUUCUGCUGCCGCGGACCUGACCCUGACGGGCCUCCCCGCGCCGGUGUCGCGCCGGCCCAGCAGCGCGUGUCCCGCCAAGCCCAUGGCGCGCUCCGUCUCGGUCACCGCCGACGGCAAACCGCAGAGGAACGCGCUGGAAGACGCGGGGUCGCGGGCGAUGAACAACCUCCGCAGGUCCAGCAGCACCACGCAGGUGAACCAGCGGGCGAACAGCGCGCACAGCUCGGAGCAGACGGGAGAUUUCCUCAGCUUCUUGGAGAGCGCGUCUGGGGGAAGAAAGAAACCAGCGGGUCUGAGCAAAACCUCCUUGGAAAAGAAAACCACGUGGAACAUCCUGGACGACCAGCCCCGGGCGUUCCCGGGCACCACCGGCCCCCGCGGCCUCGAGCCGCCCCCGGGCAUGAGGAGGAAAGAAGCCGCGGUGCUGCUGGCAGCCAACUUCACUGCCAACAACAGGAGCAACAAGGCCGCCAUGGGCAACUGCGUCACCACCAUGGUGCACAACAACUACUCCACCGCCGAGAAGGGCCCCGCGCCCAAGAGCUCCAACCAGGCCCCCAGCUCCCUCAACAAUGUCGUCAAAGCGACCUCAAACGAGGACGGCGAAAGCAGCUUUGUGAAGUCUCAGAAGAAUUUCUCCAGCAACAACAUCAUGACCCACAACAACAACAGCAGCGGCAGCAGCGGCAGCCAGCCCCGGCGCAGGGAGGUGACGGAGGAGGAGGCAGAGAGGUUCAUCCAGGAGGUGAACUCGGCCGCCGUCACCAUCCAGCGCUGGUACCGACGCCACGCGCAGCAGCGCAGAGCGGCAGCGGCGGCUCUGGGGCGCCUGUUGGCUUCCAAACGGGAGGAAAGGCAGCAGCAGAUGGAAGAGGGGAAUAUCCUGGAUUUGCAGGAGAGGAAGGACGAGGAUCGCCGGAAGAUCCGCGAGGAGAAGGCGCGGCUGGCGCGACGCGCGGCCAUCCAGGAACUGCACCAGAAAAGGGCCCAAAAGGCUUCGGACUCAAAGCACUUGGCAGAAGAAGAGCUCGCGCUGGUGAAGGAGAGCAGAAGGGUCGCAAAGAAGAAGCCUGCCAAACCCACUUUGGCGAGGAACAUCAGCCCCGCCGGCAGCGCCACCAAAGCCAACAAUGCUGAGGCCAAUUUCCACUCGGCGGCUGCAGAGCCAGAGGAAAGCGGCUUCACAGACCUGAGCUCCGUGCCCUCGCGGGACCCCGGGGCGGAGGACAAGCUGCAGGAUGUGAGCUCCAGGGAGACGGGUGGCGAGGAGCUGGAGACGAUGGUGACGGCUGUCAGCAGGGCGCAGUCCAAGGUCACGCUCAACGAGCUGCUGGACACGCUCAGGCUGCUGGAGGAAGAGCCGGAGCUGCUGCCCCCGCCAAAGCUCCUCAAGAAGGACAGAUACGCCUGGAUGGACGGGGAGCCCAGCUCCAAUUCCCUGACUGCUGACAACCUGGAGAAGUUUGGGAAGCUGAACCACUCGCCGGGGGUCCCUGAGGAGGGGGCCCUGCUCUCCGAGGCCAAACUCCAGAGCAUCAUCAGCUUCCUGGACGAGAUGGAGAAGUCGGAGCAGGAGCGGCCCUGCUCGGCUGCCUCGGCCACGCAGCGGGAGGGUCUCCUCCUGGAAGAGGAGCUGGCUCACUUGGAGCAGGCGUCGGCUGUUGCCACGGAAGUCACAAGCUCCAUCAUGAGGCUGAAGCUGGAAGUGGAGGAGAAGAAGCGAGCCGUCAGCCUGCUGCAGACAGCCCUGGCUCAGCAGAGGGAACUGACUGUCCGACAUGUCAAACAGACUGAGAAGGAGCUUGGCCACCAGCUGAAGCUUCAGAGGGAGCAGUACGAGGCAGCUAUCCAGCGGCACCUGGCCUUCAUCGACCAGGUAGUCAUCUCCCACCCCCGCUCUGAAGCUGGAGGAGGAGGCGGCUGCACCCAGCCCGGCUGCCCGGUGCCUUUUCUUCGCCCUGCCCAGCUCAUCGAUGACAAGAAAGUGCUCAGUGAGAAGUGUGAGGCCGUGGUGGCUGAGCUGAAACAGGUGGACCAGAAGUACGGCAAGAAGCUCACGCAGAUGCAGGAGCAGCACGAGCUGGUCUGGCGCACUUUGGGCCCCUUUUGUGAGGAGAUUAAGAAACUGAAGGAACUGAUGAGCGCGACCGAGAAAAUCAGGCGGGAGAAGUGGAUCGAUGAGAAAACCAAAAAGAUCAAAGAAAUCACGGUGAAAGGGCUGGAGCCAGAGAUCCAGAAGCUGAUCGCCAAGCACAAGCAGGACAUCAAGAAGCUGAAGAUGCUGCACGAGGCCGAGCUGCUGCAGUCGGACGAACGGGCUGCCCAGCGCUACGGCCGGCAGGCGGAGGAGCUGCGGGACCUGCUGGAGCGGGAGAAGGAGGAGCAGAGCCAGCGGGAGCGGGAGCGGGCCCGGCAGCGGUGUGAGCAGCAGCUGGAGCAGGAGGAGCAGGCGCUGCAGCAGCAGCGGCGACGGCUUUACGCCGAGGUGGCCGAGGAGAAGGAGCGGCUCAGCCAGCAAGCGGCCAGGCAGCGAGCGGAGGUGGAGGAGCUGCGGCGGCAGCUGGAGGCGAGCAGCUCGGCCGUCACCCGGGCGCUGAAGGAGGAGUACGCAAAGGAGAAGGAGGAGCAGGAGAGGCGGCAUCAGGCAGAAGUGAAGGUGCUGAAGGAGCAGCUGGAGAUGGAGAAGCAGGCCUGGGAGGCGAACUACGUGAAGAAGGAGGAAGCCUGGCUGCUCUCCCGGGAGCGGGAGCUGCGGGAGGAGCUGAGGAAGGAGAGGGACAAAGAGAUCGAGUUGGUGAUCCAGCGCCUGGAGGCCGACAUGUCCUCGGCCAAGGAGGAGUGCGAGAGGGCGGCGGAGAACAGGAUCAAGAGGAUCCGAGACAAGUACGAGGUGGAGCUGCAGGAGCUGGAGCGGUCGGAGCGGAAGCUGCAGGAACGCUGCAACGAGCUGAAGGGGCGGCUGGCAGAGCUGGAAGGGGAGAGCGUUCGUCUGCAGGGGCUGCUGAAGCACAAGGAGCAGGAGGUGGAGGAGAUCCAGAAGGUGAGGGACCAGCUGGUGCAGGAGCGGACCGGCCUGGCAGAAGCGAUCCGGCAGGACUUCGCAGACAGGCUGCUGGGGACGGAGGAGGAGAACAAGCGGCUGAAGGAGGAGAUGGUGGAGAUGAGAGCCCGGCAGCGCCUGGAGCUGGACAGGGUGGCGCGGGAGAAGGACAGGGAGCUGGAGGAGGUGCACAGGAGGGUGAAAACGGCCGUGGUGCGGAAGGAGGAGAGCGUGAGCAGCCUGCGGAAGCAGUACCAAGCGGCUGUGCAGAGAGCCGACCGCCUGGAGACCCUCCUGGAGCAGCAGCGGCAGCAGCUCCUGGACGCCAAAUGAGCCCCCGGGCCCCCACCACACCAGGGAGCGGACACCGACGUGCGUGUGGGGCUGGGGCCGGGCCCCCUCCCUCCCUCCACCCGCCGGUUUCCCAGCCUGGUGCCGCGGCCGUGUGCUCUGCCGCGACCCUCAGGAGUUCAGUGGUUGUUUUAACAAUAAACCUGUGCUGGUUUCUGCCGCC